GACUAACAGUGGUCAUCAUUCAUUGACAAUAAAUAUAGACAUCUUUAACUCUAAACAUCUUUUGUGCUUAAAUUAAUAAGCAAUGAAGGAGAAUAAGUCCAGCUAUUCCUACUUCCUGAUUGUUGCUCUUUUAUUCAGAGCUGCAGAGACCAUUUCAGCUGCAGCGAUUGUUCCAGCCUACGUGACUCUCUUCUAUUUGAACACUUCUACCAACAGCACUGUGUCCGAGCAGUGUAAUUGCGGAGUGUAUGGUUUAAACUCUCCUUUGGCUAAAGCGCGGGGGCUCAUGGUCAUUCCCAAAUCACCUAACAUUCAAGCCUGUGAUUCCAACACGGAGUUCACUGUCACAGAAGCACCAUGGAUUGCGUUGAUUGAAAGAGGCAAUUGCAGAUUUUCAGAAAAGAUUAAACUGGCAGCCAAAAAGGGUGCUGAAGCUGUUGUGAUCUACAAUGAUCAAGAAAGUGACAGUGUGGUCGUCCCUAUGGCAUACUCUGGGGCAGGAGACAUUGUUGCAAUUAUGAUCAGCAAUCUGAAAGGCAUGGACAUCAUGCACCAGAUUGAGAGGGGCUUUGAAGUGACUAUGGUUAUUGAAGUAGGGAAAAAGCAUGCACCUUGGAUGAAUCACUAUUCAAUCUUCUUCGUCUCAGUGUCGUUUUUCAUUGUCACAGCAGCAACUGUGGGCUACUUCAUUUUUUAUUCUGCUCGAAGGCUCAGGGUUGCAAGAGCUCAGAACAGGAGAGAGAGACAGUUAAAAGCAGAUGCCAAAAAAGCGAUUGGACAGUUAGAACUGCGCACAUUAAAACAGGGGGACAAGGAAAUUGGUCCUGAUGGCGACAGCUGUGCAGUGUGCAUUGACAUAUACAAACCAAAUGAUGUAGUGCGCAUUUUAACUUGCAACCAUCUCUUCCACAAGACUUGUAUUGAUCCCUGGCUGUUAGAACACAGGACAUGUCCGAUGUGCAAAUUGGACAUACUCAAAGCUUUGGGAAUUGUUGAGGUGGAUAUAGAAGGUGAACCAGAGUCUCUUCAGACCACGGUGUCUAAUGAAGCAUCUAAUAGAGCUUCCCUUAACGAAGAGGAUAAUCGUAGUGAGACUGCAUCAUCUGGAUAUGCUUCAGUGCAAGGAACAGAUGAGCCAGCUUUAGAGGAACGUGCACACUCAGAGCGUGACAGCCUACAUCUUGUAAACAAUGAGUCUCAGUCUCCAGCGGUGGAUGUCCUUCCUCACCUUGACAACCCAAGCUUUGAAGAAGACGAACCUCACAAUCAAGAAAUCAAAUCAUAAAAAUGUGGAAUCUGAACCCUUUGUAACACACUGCCAACCGUGGUCCUAUGUACAUCAAACAGUAAAACAAAUGAACUACUGUAGCAGCAAUGUUGCAUUGGAAAUAUUGGGAUGAAAUUUUUUAAUAGAUUACGAUUAGAGUUUGAAACUUUAACCUUCCUCUAAUUUAAACCUUUCUAUCUUCCAUAUGGAAUGUAGUUUAAAUAUUCUUCAGAUAAAACUGUCUCAAAGGAAUGUAUGAAGAAAACCAUCUGAUUUUAACAUUGAACCAAAUCUUUCCAACCCAGUCACAGUCUUGUACAGAGACAUUUCCAUUCAGCCUGUGAAAACAUAUGCUGCUUUUUUUAGAUUGUACUAAGGAUUCUCCUGUAGUAGCUGUCUGUUUGGAACUGUUUGAUUGGGAGAUUAUGGAUUUAAGAUAAAGGUGGAUUUUUAUUAACAAGCAAAUGAGUUUUGAUCUGGGCUUAUAGAAUCUUAAUUGUUUUCUGGAAAGCAAUGUUCAUGUUACCUGUCACUGCACCAAAUCAGGAGGACAGAAUUGCAAAAUAAAAUGCCUGUCAACCUUCCUCCAUCACCCAGAUAUUUUUGAGGAAUACUAAACCUAUUUCAGAUUAGGUGAAGGUUAUAAUCUAUCAUAUAAUGCAACAUAUAUAUUUCUAAAUCUUCAUGAAGGGUUUUAAAAAACAGGUCAAGUCUGACUUGCACAAUAUUAUAAAGGGAACAAUUCUAGAGGAUGUAUUGUAUUUAAUUUAAAAAAAAAACCUAUUCACUUUCUCAAACUACUUCUAACUUGUGAAUUAAGAAGUUUUAAAAGGAGUCUGAAGGCUAUCACAUGGCUCAAGGGUUGUCUAAUAGCUGCAACACCAGCAAUGUUUGCUAGUCCAUACUUUGUAGAAAUCUGAAAUGCUGAAGACCGUCAAGUGAGGGUGAAGACCUACAAACACCAAAAAACGUGAUAAGGUUAUAAGGGAAAAAGAAAGCUACAGAGUAUUAGUGGGUGCAUGGUUUAGCAAACUGGAUAAAGUUGCAAUGACACUCAACUGAUGUCCUGUAAAUGUAGCUGUAAAUUAUUGCUGAUAGUUUUCUAAUAUUUGGGGAGGGGGAGGGGGAAUGGAACACAAGGGUGCCUUAUUCAGAGUCUAGAAUCUCGUCCACCAAAGGUAACUAAGUACAUCUAUAAAUGCACUUUAUUUUUAUUUUGUGUCUUUAUUCUUUAUUCUGUGGUUUCGUUCAUAAUACUAAUGUUAACAGAAUUUAGUUUAAAGACCAGCAAUAAUGUACUACUGUUUUGAAUCUCUUGGGAGAAAACAAUGCUUUUUCUUACCUCUGUGUAGUAUGAUUUAAAAUGUAAAUAUUUCAUGAUUUGUACUGAUUUCUUUGAAUAUGAAAAUGUAAAUAAAACAAUAUUCUAAUGGGCC